AGUAAGCACAUGAAAACUGUCAAAUAUGUAUACACCUGUAAAUAUGUAGGUGUAUCCUAUGUUUACCUAUGAUUAAACGUUUUACAUACACGGAUAAGCAAAGUUCACUUUCAUUUUGAAACAUGAUAGAGAAAAUAAAAAUGUCAGGUGUAUAAAACGCGAUCAGUUUCAAUCAAUGGAUAUUUACAUAUUAAUUUCAGUCUUUUUCUGUAUUGAUGUUUUUUCAGUCGUUGGUGCCUGUCGGAAUUGUACACAACAGGAUUUUAUGACCAUACAAGAAUCCUGCAAAGACAGUGAUGAAAAGUUAAUCAGGGCACAGCAUCAAUUUUCUAAAGAAAACGAAACAUCGCUUUGCAAUUUUUUGUUUCAAUUUUAUUAUUGUGUCGGGGACCAUGUUCCAGCAUGUCUACAACAGAUAACAGGCAAAUAUGCAAGAUACUAUUCCUCUCCAUUUGACUGUCAUCCGACACCGGAAGUGACGUUAAAAUUACAAAAUUAUAUUAUGAAAGCGAACGAUUGCUCAAGUAAAAUUCCAAAUGACCAUGUGACAACAGUGAAAUAUAACAUCAUAACAUCGUCACAGCCCAGUCACGUGGGAAAACAUAAUUCAUUAAAUUCAACAAAUGUAGCAAUCAAAAAUGCCUCUCCUUCUGGGACAUUCCUACUGUCAGUCAGUACAAUUGUUUUGUGGUCUUUGGAUAUAUUAUGACAGGAAGUAAGACUUAUCUGUCGCCUUGUCACGCAUCGUUGUGUUCGCUUUUAAUCAAAUAAUUCAGGAAGGAAACGAUAAUCAGAGACUCAUCACACAGACAAAGUACCAGAUCAAAGUUCAAGAUCAGAUAUUGGGUUAAUACGUUAGUGACAUGAGACAUCCGUUAGUGUUUUCCAAUAAUUCUGCACUGAGCGCAUUAUUCUGUGAUAAAGCAGUCAAUGUUGUGGGAUAUCGAUUCCGGUAUUACACUGCUAUUAAAUUGCCAAUCGCAAAUGCUAAGUUAUUUAUUUUAAUUAUCAUAUUGAAUAUUAUAGUUCCGUUUUAAAUUAGUUCGUCGUUUUGGAAUCUAAAGAAUAAUGGAAAUAUUAGCAAAUACGUUCAUCAAAACGUCAUGAUUGGUUUGAAAUGUCAUAUACAGUGUGAAUUCAACCAAUGGCGAGACGUUUCUUUUUGUUUUUGGGGAAAGAAAAACUGAAAUUACCCAUUAGUCUUUUAGAAUCUUAAACGUAGAAUCAUUUGGUAAAUGUAACAUGGAUUUGAUUGAUUAAUUCUGUAAUUUCGCAACUCCCUAAGGGAAAGUUAACACAUUUAAUAGGACUUGACUUAUUUCGUGGUCCCUUUCCUAUUGUAUUAUUCUUCAUAUUUUUUUUACACAAUAUUUGGCUUUACAAACUUGGCUCGAAACUGUGAAAGUUAUUACAUUAAGAUGCUGCGAAAUAGCACAUUAGGUAAAUUAAGAUAUAUCUAUUUAUCAUAUGCUGUGUUCUUGUGGCGAUCGAAUGGGUUAAAAAAAUCUAGGGCAUAAAGUAAGUCAUGACGUUUUAAAAAUAGGGCAAGUAUUGUGUAAUAUGCUCUGUUGAAUCGUAUGUUGAAUUUAUCUGAAACGUAACUUAACAGAAAACUGAAUACUGUUUAAAAUUUAAAUCUGUACUACCUUCGGAAAAUCAAAAUUUCUUUUGUAUGAUAUAUAUUCCCUACAUGUUUUGAUAUACCUCAUGAAGCGUUGCAUUCACCUCGUAGAUGAGUCACAUGACCGGAAAUCAUAUUGCUAAUGAAGUAUUUGUCACAUGACCGGAAAUCAUUUUGCUACUAUAGUAUUUGUCACAUGUACUAGCAUUUUUGAUCAGGUCAGAACUGUUUUAGGUUCGACCCCACCAGAGAAUUGUAUGAAUGUGUUUUUGUUCACAUGGAACGAUCUUUUGCUUUUCGGAAAACUGUUUUUUAUUUGAGUUUUUCUUACCCAUGUAGGGUAUUAUAGUUUCUUUUAAAUUGUCUGUCCUGGCAAUUCAAUUCCAAUAAAACAAUUUCGAGUUUGAUUUUAUGUAACAACACCUGUCUUCUGUAGAAAGCCCUAGAAAUGUAGAUUCAUUUAUGUUCAUGGGUUCCAAUUUACGUGGAUACACAAUAACUUGUAUGUCCGUGGAUGUUUAAUUUCAUGGUUUUACCGAGGUCUGCAUAAAAGCCAGAAAAUAGUUAUUCGCUGAACAUUUAAUGCGUGGUUUACCUGUACCAACUAAAUCCACAAAAUUUGGUAUCCAACGAAUAAUAAUGAAAGCCAUGGUAUGUUUAAAUCUCAAUAUGUAACUUGUUUUGGUUGUGGUGUUGGGUUACUGUCGCAAUGACGUUAACACGACAUCUUAACAAGUAUGUACAUGUGCUAUUGUGCUAUGUAUAAAGUUGGUCAGUGGUGUACGUGUAUAUGACAGCCGCCCACAAACAACUAAAACCAAGCACAUACAAUUGUUAGAGUCAAGAUUCUAAUAUAAACAUAUACACUGUUAUAUUUUAUGUCGAGUAAUUGAGAAAUAUACCAAGGGAAAUCAUAGCCAUGCUGAUCAUGCGCCAUCUGCACCUUUUCAUUUAUGUACUACACCAAAAGUUGUCAUUUUGUGAUUUUGUUACAUUCCGAGUAUUAUUUUGUUAGUAUUUGAGCAAUCGUAGCUACUCGGCCAUUUUCGGUACACCUACGUUGAGUAGCGAGAAUGACCGAGUAGUUACGAUUGAGUAUUUGAGAGAAUAAAUAACGUCCAUGAAUAAUGCUUUAAUCAAAUUGUAAUUUAUUUUUUAUUGUAUUUUGUACUUUGUUCAUGUUUAUAAAUGUUUAGGUCUUUAUAUAUUGUGCUAAUCUAAUGUGUGCUCAGGAGUUGUGCUAAAGAGCUGUACUUGUGUAUGUAAAAUUAUACAGCGUACUUUUCUUCUAAUUGAACUUUUUUUAUAACAUCAUACUGGUACUUAACGGUAGUCAUGCCUUUUAUUCCCACUCCCCUCCUCUAAUUGUUCACCUUUCAAUCGGUACAUCGUAAUUUUCUAUUAUUUAUUUUUUUUGUAACCUCGGUGUAUCGUGCAAUUUCAAAGGGUCCAAUUAUUAAUGUUACAUGUUCGUAUCGUAAUCAUGGUAAUAGUCCUUAAUACAAGUUUGUCCUGUCCUUUUAAAUGCUUAAUUUUUUGGGGAUAUUUCAGAAGGAAAUUGAAUAAAAAAAGAUAUAAGAACUUACAGUUCAGUAUUUGUCAAGCAAUAAUCUUAUACUAACGAGACACGCUUUUUGUGGUUGAACUUUGAAGAAAUGAAUUUAGAAAGUUUGAAUUUCUAGCUAUUUAAAUCCUAUUUUGGGAAGAGUUAUUAGUUCGUUACAAUAACAAAAAAAACCCUGAAAAUCAUUAAAACUUUUAUAAUGUUUGUACAUGUAUGACAUUUUAUAUGUGUUAUAGUUAUAUAUGUUCUUGUGGUUCUAAACAUAACAAUUAAAAUACCCUCUCCAUUUGUGUUAUACUUCCAUACAACUAGUUGUUCUCGAAUGUGUUCUAGAAUCCUAACGUUGCAAUCUUUUCGCAAAAUCUUAAUUCUUUUUAUAGACAGCGGUAACUGUUUAUGUCUGAAAAUUUUUGAAAUACUAACGGUUCUAUUUAAAAUAUAUUUCUGUCAAUCACUGUUCAAUCCAAUGCACCUUCAUAUACGUACAUUUACUGCUGCUUCAAUAGCCUGUAUGACAGUACUAUUAGUCUAAAACGCUCGUGUUAGUGAGAUUUGACUAAUUGCCUUUUUUCUCCACAAAAGGUUGUCUUUUUACGACGUUUUGUUAGUUUCUUUGAUUUUACAGCUGCUUAUCGUUUUCUGUAUGCGGCUUUAAAGUCGUUAUUACAUGUAUUAUGCGCAGUGCGAUCAUUGUUCUACAUCAAACAUUUUUUUCCAAUCUGUAUAUGUUAAGUUUUUUGUUCUUAAAAUUGGUUUAGGAAAACCGUUUAAAUUACUAAUUUUUGAGUGAAUAAAAACUAACACGUUAUUAUAUUAGUUACACAAUAUUUAAUAUUCAACCGUAGUCUUUGGAUAUAUGUAAUUUUAAAAGAACAUAUACAAGUAGUUAUUGCAGGUUAUGUUUAUUUUUUUCUGAAUGAGAAUAAUUAUGUUCCAUCGUUAUCAUUGUAAUACCAUUGUGCACAUGACAUGUUGCUUAUGCUCCUGUGAUUUUUGUUGAUUGUUUGAAUAUGA